UUCACGGAAAACAUUCUUUUAUGGUAUCAGAGCCCCUAGGGCGAUUAUCUUCCGCUGAACCCUAGCUUCUUAUCAUUUUCUCUUCUUCUAUUCUUCUCUGUUAUUGCUAUGGGGGAAUCAAAAUCCUCGUUCCACCCUGCUCUUACCGUCAACAAUAUCAAGAACCACAUUCCUAUUGUUCUUGAAUUGCAAAACUCUCAGUACUCCACAUGGGCAGAAUUAUUCAAAAUUCAUGCUCGUUCUCACAAAGUGUUAGACCAUAUUAUCCCUCCGCCUAAGGAGAAGGUGAAGCUUCCUACCACUGAUGAGGAAAAGGACACUUGGUCUACUCUGGAUGCUGCUGUACUCUCGUGGAUUUAUUCCACCAUCUCCAACGACCUAUUGCUCACCAUUAUCGAACCAGAUGCUACGACUAUGGAGGCAUGGGGUAGGUUGCGGGAUUUAUUUCAGGAUAAUCAGAAUUCUCGUGCAUUGACUCUUGAACAGGAAUUUUCAACCACAAAGAUGGAGGAUUUUCCAAACGUCUCGGCCUAUUGCCAACACCUCAAGAGUCUCUCCGAUCAAUUGAGAGGCGUUGCUCUCAAAGCAAGCCACCACAGGCCGAAAAAUUCUGUGACCCGAAAGCAAUCUGGUGGCAGGGGUGGACGGUUCGGUGGCAAGGGUGGCGGCCGUGGAAGCUCUGGACCACAUCAGCAGCAGUGGCAGAAUCCUCCGGCACCCUGGCAACAGCCUCAGGGGGCACAGUACCUGGGUUGGGGAUGGAUGCCUCAAUGGGCUACUCCUCCAUGUCCAUACCCCAAUCAGGGCUGGGCACGACCUCAAGGCCCACCUAAGCAGCCUGGUUUAUUAGGUCCUCGUCCACAAGUCUAUGCAACUUCCACUCAGCCUAUGCAGUACGCUCCAACAGACAUUGAGUCUGCUAUGCACACUAUGACGUUACAUCAACCCGACCCCUCCUGGUACAUGGACACCGGCGCCACUUCUCAUAUGACAUCCUCCAACGGUACUCUCGCGUCUUAUUUUAAUUUGAGCAAUCAUCCUAAUGCUAUUGUUGUUGGAUUAUCGGACGGGGAGGCCCAUAAUGAGAUGUAAUAACACGGGUGAUCUUUAUCCUCUCUCCAAUACCACAUCCAAAUAUUCUUCCUCACCUUCGAGUUUUGCAGCUUUAGCACCUUCUCUUUGGCAUGAUCGAUUAGGUCAUCCCGGGUCGAGUAUUCUACAUACUCUUCAGCGUAAUAAAAGUAUUGAAUGUAA